AUCAGCCCGAAUGUGUGCAGCGGCAGCAGCGGGACUCGUGUAUACGUGGAACUGUUGUGCUCGUGCUGCUUGUUUCCUUGGGUCUGUUUAAACGCAUUGAGUCAAUCUUCCUCCUCCGCACAUCCGCAUGUAGACUCGAUCGACGAUGCUGGAGAUAUUUAGAGCAAAGUCAACGAAGUCAUUUCGCGACUGCUUUUGUAUUUUUCACAGAAGCAUUGGAACGAUACGAGCCAAAGGAGGUUAUCCACGGUGGACUGCAGUGUCUGCGGAUUAGUGUGUUUUGGGGGAAAUACAGCUGGUGCCUGCUAAUGUUGCUCUGCCUCGGUGUGCAGCUACGCGAGAUAUAAAUAUAGAAAUACCGGAGGAUUUAUUCAAUGUAAUGUAUCGCUAGUUGUCUUUCCAACGCAGAACCUUUCCUCAAAGUUGAGAUCCUGAACUUUAUUAUAUUUCAACUGUACAUCGACGUUGCAUGUUUGUUGUCUGCAAAUGGUCUCGAUUGGCUAGCAGUCUGACCUUACGAGCAUCACCGGUGAAGGCGACUCUCGCAUAAUGUUUGCAUACAUGUUCGCCAUAUCGCGUGCAGGAGAGUGUCCGGCUACACCACAGUGGACGAAUUCAUUAGCUGUGCCUUUGGUUUUGUAUAAUUGAAUGUUAAAUCAGGACCAUAUGUCCUUACUUUAGUAGUUUGAUUGUAAAGAAGCAGAUCAGAAUGCUUGCUCCUGCUCCUUUGCCAUUUUGACUAGUCAUGCUGAUCUUUGACACAAACUGACAAAAACCAAAUACCUUUGCAUAACCUGUCAAAUACCUGCACGCUAAUUACGAGUAAACAAGACUGUGCUGUUACUUGAACUGUUCUCUGAGGAAACCUCUGUAGACUUGUCAUCCAUUGACUGUCUCCCUGAAGACUCGUCUCCAGCAUGCGUCUUGCUUCUUUUCUGGCUGUUUUCCGGCCUGCUCUACCUCUCAUCCUGGGCCUGUCUUUGGGCUGCAGCCUCAGCCUCCUGAUGGUGUCCUGGACGCAGGGGGAGACUGAUGAGGCUUGUGGAGACGACCUGAGUAAUGGGAGACUCGUACACAACGGUCAUAUCAGAGAUCUCCACAAUGGCCAAGAAGGGGAUGGAAAUGAGGACUUCCAGCCUCGCAUUGUGCCCUAUCACAAAGAUCCCAACAAACCACACAAGAAAGUUCUUAGGACUCGCUACAUCCACACAGAGCUGGGCAUCCGAGAACGGCUUCUGGUGGGCAUCCUGAGCUCACGUGCCACUCUGAACACACUUGGGGUUGCGGUGAAUAAAACCGUAGCUCACCAUUUCCAUCGAACCUUCUUUUUCACUGGCCUUCGAAGUGCAAAGGCACCACACGGCAUGGCUGUCAUCGCUCAUGGUGAUGACCGACCCGUCUGGCUGAUGUAUGAAACCAUACGACACCUUCACCAGCAUCACGCCAAUGAGUAUGACUGGUUUUACCUUGCACAGGACGAUACGUACACACAAGCUGAAAGGAUCAUGGAGCUGGUUAAUCAUCUCAGUGCGGGACAGGACAUGUACAUGGGGCGGGCAGAGGAGUUUAUUGGUGGAGAAGAACGUGCCCGAUAUUGCCAUGGCGGAUAUGGGUACCUGCUGUCACGAAGCCUUCUAGCACGACUGCAGCCACAUCUGGACUCUUGUCGAAACGACAUCCUCAGCGUCAGGCCAGACGAGUGGCUUGGUCGAUGCAUCAUUGAUUACCUGGGUCUUAGCUGUGUGGAGAAGCAUCAGGAGAUGACGUACCGCUACUUUGAGCUGCAGAAGAAUGUGGACCCUGAGCGUGAGGACAGUGCACAGUUUAAGAACGCCUUCACUGUCCACCCCAUCUCUGAACCUGCCCUGAUGUAUCGCCUACACAAACGCUACAACCAGAUUGAAUUGGACUGGACAUAUGCGCAAAUUCAGCACUUACAGAAUCAGAUCAAUAACAUAAGUGAGCUCACUCCAGAGGGUAAAGCCGGAGCCACCUGGCCCAUUGGAAUCAACCCACCAUUCCGACCCAAAACCCGUUUUGAGGUGAUCAACUGGGAAUACUUCACAGAAGAGCACAUUUAUUCAUGUGCCGACAGCUCUCCAAAGUGUGAGCUUCGAGGAGCCGACCGGGCAGACGUCAGUUCAGUUCUGGAGACCGCAGUGGGCCGUCUAAAUGAGCGAUAUCAGCCCCAGUUGCGCUUCCGUAAGCGGCGUCUGCUAAACGGUUACCGGCGCUUCGAUCCCACACGAGGGAUGGAGUAUGUGCUGGAUUUGGCUCUGGAAGCCUUUACUCAGAAGGGUCACAGUCAGGUAAUCGCCAAGCGGGUGAAUCUGCUAAAGCCACUCAGUGCUGUGGAAAUCAUCCCUAUGCCAUAUGUGACGGAAGCAACACGAGUGCAGGUGAUCCUCCCUGUGACCGCACAUGACCAAGACUUUGUGGGCAACUUUUUGGACAUGUACGUCAUGAAUGCUCUGGAUACCCAUGACAAUGCUCUGCUCACCUUCUUGUUUGUUUAUGACCCAUUCGAUGCUCAGCGAGUCAGCCAGAUGGACGUCUUUGCCGGUGUGAAAGCUAUGAUUGGUGAGGUAGAGAAACGUUAUGGCGACGUCAAGAUCCCUUGGAUCAGUGUAAAGACUGAAGUUCCUUCACAGGUCAAGCUGAUGGACAUCAUCUCCAAGAAGCACCCAGUAGACACUCUGUUCUUCCUGGCCAGCGUAUGGACCGAGGUCAACGCUGACUUUCUCAACCGCUGUCGAAUGAAUGCUAUCAGCAAUUGGCAGGUCUUCUUCCCAAUCCACUUUCAAGAGUACAGUCCUGCUCUGGUCUACCGCGACCAGCAGCCUUCUGCCGCUUCAUCGUUUGCAUCUGAAACUCUGCGUGAUGGCCACUUUGACCGGCAUGUCUUUGAAGAAGCCUGUUUUUAUAAUGCAGAUUACAUGGCUGCCCGCACAAAAAUGGCAGCUGACAUCCUGGACAAUGAUGAGUUGCUGGAGAGCAUGGAUGUCUAUGAGAUCUUUGUACGUUACUCUGGGUUGCAUGUGUUUCGGGCUGUGGAGCCGGCGCUAGUUCAGAAGUAUGUGCACAGAGAAUGUAACCCACGCUUCAGCGAGGACAUCUAUCACCGCUGUGUCCUCAGUAACCUGGAGGGGCUGGCCUCUCGAUCACAUCUAGCCAUGGCUUUGUUUGAACAGGAGCAGGCCAACAGCACCUGAACUGACCAAUGCUGCAAUGUUAAGAUGGAACAAACUUCUUGAUUUUCAUUUAGGUGGCCUUACUUGACCUACUGAUAUUGCUCCAGUCAAUUGCACCCUGAUGCUGUGAACGUCUUUGCAAAGAUCAUCCAGUGAACUAGUUUAACUAAAUACAAUGACGAUGCCUUGCUGAAAGGACUAGUUCACAUUACAAUGAACUUUGUCUUCAUUUACUCAUGCUCACAUCGUGUUCAACUUUGUUUUUGGACAAAUCAGUUUUGAAGAAUGUUUUUGGUCCAUACAAUGAAUGUCAAAGAGGAUCAUUUCUUAAAUAUUCCUGCUUGUGUACUACAUGUGAAAGAAAUUCAGGUUUUGAAGUAAGCCGCUUUCCAUUUUCUUGGGUUUAAAGAUUUACAUAUAAAGGAAUUGAUCUAUAUAUGUUCCAGUGGUCAAGAAUACCUCAUUUAGGCAGUGAACGAUAUUGGUAAUAUCAUCUUAACUAACUUCAAAUAAAGCCUGAAGAAUGAGUUUCAACUUGUUUACAUAGCUUCCGAUGACUGAAUGCAGGAACCUAAAGUUCAUAGGUGAAAAGCUGAACAAACUCAGUCAUCAUUUAUUAUGUGAUCAUGUCAGACUUCAGGUGGUUAGUCGAGGUUCUAGUCUCCGCUACAAGAGCAUCUUGAGCCAUCCUGCUUCCUUCAGAUACGAUUGUAUGACCUUUUAACCGAAUGUGCUGAAUAUUUCAGAACUCAAUAAACAUCAUCUGUGAAAUCUGA